AAAAAUACUGCGCUUAUUCGGUAAUUACCGUGUAUCAGGUAACACUAUAUUAAACGAGUUUGACUAAAGUUUACUAAAAUACAAUACGUUCGCCACAUAAAAGAAAAAAAAGUGCGUCCAAUCCAAGCAACUAGCAAAUUAGUUUAGCAAAUCGUCCAUUUAAUAAUUGAGUCCCGUUGAAAUGUAUUAAAGAAUAUUCUAAAGAAUAUAUACAUUUCAGACUCAUUAUAAAUUCACUACUUGUGAACAUAUUAUGACUACAACAGCAUCAUAUUCUCCAGAACCUACAUUGAGUCGUCGCUGUUCAACAGAGACCAUCUUCAACUCAAAAGCAAGGAUAAUUGACCCUUCAUGGAGUCGUCGCUGUUCAACAGAGACUAUCUUCAGCAUCCAGGGAAGGGAAACUGAUUUUGUGCGCGACACGAGUGACACAGAGUGGGGCAGCGACGAGCAGGGAGUGGAGUUCGAGCCCGUCACCGACACUGACGAGCCGCUCGCCGGAGACAGCUCCGAGCUAAGCGAGAACGAGAUAAUAACGACGAAGGUGGUGGAGGUGGUGGUCGGCGACGACGGCGAGCUGCAGCUGGCGGACUCGGAGUGCACGGACAGCAGCAGCGACAGCGAGCUCGACCUGCACGACUACUGGAGCUGCGCGCACUGCCGCGCGCCCAACAACAACCCGCUCUACCGAUACUGCCAGAAGUGCUUCAAUGUACGGAAAAACUUUUUCCCGCCGAGACCGAGGCCCAAACGCAAGCACAAGCGCAAGGCGAGCGCCGAGCCCGCCUGCCCGCGCACGCUGUCGCAGGACUCGGGCGUCGACUCGCUGGGCGGCAGCCAGCGCUCGGCCAGCGAGCCGGGCGACGCGUGCGUGGUGUGCGUGUCGCAGCCCAAGACGGGCGUGUUCGCGCACGGCCGCAUCGCGCACAUCUGCUGCUGCUACACCUGCGCCGUCAAGAUCUGGAAGCGCGCCGGCCGCUGCCCCGUGUGCAACUGCCGCGUCAGCAACGUGCUGCGCGCCGUCGUCAUGUGAGCGCGCGUGAGUACCGCCGCCCGCCGCUUCUUCGGACGUUGUAAAUAACUUGUUAUAGAGCGGAGCUCCCUCGGAGCUCACUCGGAGCUUGGAGUGUACAAAAUAUAAGUCUUUGCAAACUGCGUAGCGACGACGUAGCGCUGCGUGCGGGGCGCCGCGAGAUUGUUUUUGUCUGAGGGUCGGCCGUUGCGGCGCUCGGGACACCGAUGCACACGCGUAAACAGAUACACGACAAAUUGUUUCGGAAGUGGUACCGAUCGCGACAGGAAUCUCAUAAGAUAUUUUCAGUUUGCGUUCAGUCUUAAUUACGUUAUUUUUUAAUUUAUUCAUGAUACGAUAAAUGAAUACACGGUAUCAGAAUAACGGUAGAGUAAUCGGUUAUUAAUAAUAAAUAUUAUGAGAAGCGAAUUGAGGUAAACAUUAGAUUUUCGAAUUCGUAUCCGUUCAUUUGUGCUCAAUCCAUUCAGGCGUACCAUCUAAGCCUAUGCGUAAGCGCAGAAGCACAGACUACCUAUCAAUAUGUUGCCCCUCUCAGGGUACUAAAUUCACUUUUUUUUGUAAACAAAAAUUGGUCAAAAGAUUUUUAAAUAUUAAAUUUGAUACUUUGACUAACAAACAUUUAAUAGUAUAUAGAGAUCACCGCAGAACUUCAAUUUUU